AUGGGGAUGGAUUCAUUAUAUUUUCUUGAUCUUAGUGACAACUUGCUUCAAGGACCAUUUCCCAAUCAAAGUUUUCUUAGUAUGCGAUAUUUGUUUGUCUCCAAUAACAAAUUAACUGGAGAAAUCCCUUCUUUAAUUUGCAAUUCAAAUCAUCUUGAAGUUCUAGACUUGUCUCAUAACAACUUAAGUGGCAUGAUUCCUAAGUGUUUGGUACACUCUAAUGUCCUCUCAGUGUUGGAUUUGCGAAUCAAUAGCCUUCAUAGUAUCCCUACAACAUUUUCCAAAGGAAAUCAUUUUAGGAAUAUUAACCUUAAUGGCAAUCAAUUGGAUGCGCCAUUGCCAAGAUCUUUGGCAAAUUGUAGGAACUUAGAAGUUCUAGAUCUUGGAAGUAACAAGAUAAACAGAACCUUCCCAUAUUGGUUGGAAGGUCUUUUAUAUUUGCAGGUUCUUGUCAUAAGAUCAAACAAAUUUCAAGGUCGUAUAGGCAAUCCUAAGACCAAAUUUCCUUUCCCAAAUUUGCGAAUCCUAGACAUCUCUAACAAUGAGUUUGAUGGUCCUUUGCCAAGAAAAUAUUUCAAAUAUUUGAAAGCCAUGACAAAUGUGAAUGAAGGAAAAGUGGCAUUGAAAUAUAUGGGAGAAACGUAUUAUCAAGAUUCUUUGAAUGUGAUGAUGAAAGAGUUGUAUAUUGAGUUGGUGAGAAUCCAAACUGCCUUCACGACCAUUGAUUUUUCAAACAAUAGUUUCAGAGGAGAGAUGCCAAAGAUAAUUGGGAGGCAAAAAUCACUCAAGGGGCUCAACUUUUCUCACAACAACCUUACAGGUUUUAUUCCAUUAUCAUUUGGAAAUUUGCACAAUCUUGAAUGGUUAGACUUCUCUUUCAACAAGCUUACCGGGGAGAUUCCUAGGCAAUUAGCAGAUCUACCAUGGCUUGAAGUUUUAAAGCUGUCGCAUAACCAACUUACAGGAUUCAUACCUUCAGGAAAGCAAUUCAAUACAUUUGAUAAUGAUUCGUACAUUGGAAACCUAGGAUUAUGUGGAUUUUCGUUGUCAAGAAUGUGCAAUAGCCAUGAGGCAAAAAAACCACAACCAUUGACCUCACAAAAAGAAGACAAUUUAGAGCCUGAAAAUGGGUUUGGUUGGCAAGCUGUAUCGAUGAGUUAUGGAUGUGGAGUGCUAUUUGGAACUUUGAUGGGAUAUCUUAUAUUUAAAAUCGGAAAACCAAAGUGGAUUGUGAGGACGGUCAAGUUAGAGCAACAUAUCAUGCUUAGAAGGCUGAAGAAGAAUGCCCAAAGACAUGGUGGAAAAAAAUAACUAGUCAAAACAAUUUGUGGGUGGUUUU